UUCUAUCAACUGCGCGCCACUUCCAUUAGAAAGCGCAAUGAAGCCAAACAAGUUUUUCAUUACGCUUUCUAUCAUUUACUGUUUAUUUUCAACGUUGCUUUUACCUGUGUCGUCAAAUAUUUCUGAGGAAUACAAAUUCGGGUCGGUAGAUAAGCGGAGACUGGAAAAUAUGACCAACGAAGGUUUUCCUGUAAAUCAAACAGAUAUACCAGCACCUGUACUGAAUAAUACUAUGCCUUCUUUAUCUCCAGUAAAAGAAACUCCUAAUCCAACCGACAAUUCCAGUUUGGAGACCACACAGGAAGAGCCUGACAAGGGAGAUGAUAAUACUUCAGUUCAAAGUGAUCAGUCGGAACCUGUAGAGUCAGCCACAAGCAAAUUUUCCUUCUGGAGUUAUUUGAUUCUCAUUAUCGGAGUGCUUUUACCUCCUCUUUUCGUCUACUUUGGUGUUCGGGAAUAUCAGAGAAACAAUUUGAAUCACAGACGUCAUUAUCCAUUCGUGAACACUAGAAUAUCCGAUAUAGAGGUUUCCGAUGAGACAAAGGAUAGUCUAGCUCAUUCAUAGUUUUACUUUAUACGGAGCUGUUCAAAACGGUAUGAUCAUUCUAUGAAUGCAGAAAAAAUAUUGCGCUUUCUAGUAAAGUUUCAAACGCUUUUCUGCUCAAAUUUGUAUUCAUAUAAUUUGUACAUUUGUCCAAAAGUUUGCCUCUAGUCUUGGAGGGUCCUGGUAUAUUAGCGAUGGAUGUCCAGUUUGAAAAGAUUUGUGUACAUUCGGCUCCCUGAUAUGGCACAGCAUUCCGAAAAUCUUGUUCUUGAUAUCUUAAAUAUUUCAUUCCCAGAUAUGUGGCCAUUAUAUAGAAACCGUUGUUCAUUGCCAUCUUGUAGGGAAAGACCUCUAUGACGACACUUUGUGAUGGCAG